AUGGUUCGAUUUACUCGGGCAAUGAGAGCGAAAGAAAUAGCCGAAUGAGAAUGCUUUUAUGUUUCAUAUAACUCAUUAAAAGCCUUUAUUAAGAGAGAUAAAUCAGAUAAACCUUCGCUUGAAUUCAAAUUUUUCAAGAUUCUUGCGAAAGAACUUGACAAAGCUGGAGAUAAGUAUGUAUCCAUGAAAAAAGAGACUGUUGAGCGCACAAAUAAUCUUCUAUUUAUUGAAAAACCCUCUAUUGACGCAGAACAAGAGGCAUUUGAGUUAUCUAAACUAUUGAGAAAUUUAAUAAAAUUCGCUUGUUGGAAUUUUAAUAUCAUAUGCCACUUACUUCAGAGACUCCAAAGAGCAGGAGUCCCGAAUGCAAAGUCAAAAUUCUUAAAAAUGUAUGAAGAGCAAAUGGCCAAGCUAAAAUGUGAUGAAGAAUUGUCUGGGAUUCUUCACGAAUUAGAAAAUUUUGUUAAAAAAAUAUCUCCUGAGCUUGAUACUAAUGGCCAAGACGAAGGUAGCCUGAGGCAAUCUUUAUUAGGGACUGUUGCAGGACAAUUAUUCAAUUUAUAGUUUUUUGGCAUUUGGUUUAAGAUUAUUAUUAUCUUUAAUUAAUAUAAUAUAUUUACCAUAAAUAGAAUAGGAUUUUCUAUAGCAAAUGAACUCAUAAGUGCAAAAGAUGAGCUUAUUGCUUUUCAGAAUCUCACUGGCACUCAAAUCGAAAAAUUGUACCCAGAUUUUUUAACCCUUUUGUUAGCUGUGAUCAGCUCACCUCUCUAUUUUACUAACUUUUAUAUGCUUUUACUUACUGGCAGUGCCUAUUCUGCAAGUGUAAAUACAGAUAAGCAUUUCACAGGAUUUUUAAACGGUGUAAACUGGCUUGCUAUAGUAGCAUGCGGACUUCUUUACAAAUAUUGAUCCACUAACUCCCCCCCUCCGUGAGCGAAUCAAAAAAUCUUGUUCGCUCACGGAGGGGGGUUAAUUUUAUUUUUUAAAAAAAAUUAUAUAUAAAUUUUAUAAUUUUUGAGAUUUUAAAAAAUUCUUAAUUCGCAAAAAUUGUAAAGCAAUAUUAAUUUAGUUUAUAAAAUUUAUCUUUUAAAACGUAAUUUGUUUAAAAUUAAAUAGAAUUAACUAGAGAUUUCAUUAUAUUAAUUAUCGUUAGUUGCUUAAAUUGCAACUUUACCACCUAAAUAUGGAAUAUUUUCCACAUGUGAAGUCCUUUUGAUUUCACAUGUGUCACACGUGGAAAAUAUUCCACAUUUAGGUGGUAAAGUUGAAUUUAAGCAACUAAAGAUAUCACUUAUAUAUCAAAUUUUUUUCUAUUAAAAAAUUUUUGUUCGCUCAAAGAGGGUGGGUUUUUUGGGCAAAAAUAGGGAUUUUUCUAAUGGUUUUGUGGGUAAGCAAUUUAAAAUUCCUAUUACUUUCAGUGUUUUAAUGGUAAUUCUUGGGAAUCUGUUAUACUUUUUAGCAUAUGAUAUGCAAUCACCACUUUAUUUACUCCUUGGCAGACUGCUGCUUGGAGUAGGUAAUCCAAGAGUAAUAAAUAGACGAUAUAUCGCCAAAAAUGUGAUUCCUUCUGCAAGAGUCUCAUGAAGCACUUCCUAUCUUGCUGGUCGUAUAUUGGGUGUAGCACUAGGGAUAUUCAUUGCUACAGCUUUAUAUUCAGUCGAAGGCACAUUCUUUGGGGCAACGGUAAAAGGCUUCAAUAUUUGUUCUUUAGUAAUGCUAUUCAUAUGAAUUAUCUAUUUUUUCAUUGUAAUUUUCGGAUAUAAAGAACCUGAAAUUUCAACCCCUAUAGAAAGCAAAGAGAAUGGACCAAACCUAAAGUCAUGAAUUUCUGUAACCCUAUUGCUCUUUUUAUUUUCAAUCCCUAAAUGCGCUCAAGAAGUAAUGUAUACCUCAAUACCGAUUGUUGCUGAGGACCAUUGAAACUGACCAAUAAAUUAUACAGGAGUAUAUCUUGGUGUUAUCUCAUUAGCGGUUGCUCCCAUACACAUAUUUAUUGCUCAUAAAGCUAAAUACUUUGAGGAUCGCUUAGUUAUUAUUGCUGCACAUAUUAUUUGCUAUGUGAGCUGCUAUAUAAUGAUUCCCCAUCAUGGCAUGACGACCUUUCAAUAUAUUGCUGGUACUCUUGCUGUUCAUAUUAGUGCAACAAUGGUUGAUGGAUAUUCAUUGCCAUUUGCUUUGAAAAAAUUGCCAGUAGGCACAAUAGAGAGGUCAUUAAAUGCAGAAUUGGUGACAUCACUUGUUGGAUCCUUGCUAAGGGCUAUUGGCUGCUUGAUGGUUGGACUUUCUCCGUCUUUGAUUAUUAAUAGUAACUUUUAA